UUUAAAGACUCCGUGCUUAAUGAACCUCUCGUCUGCACGCAAAACAUUUACCCUCAUAACCUCACGCUAUUACACUUGUGCCACUGUGCUCCACCAGCCUUUGAACCUCCACCAUUUUCUUCAGCUUUCGGUUACCCACCACUCUCUUCCACUCACUCAACAAGCUCACGCUCAAGUUCUCACUCAUGGCCUCCAACAAAACCCUUUUCUCGCCACAAAGCUCAUCUCUGCUUACGCUCUUUGUGGAAACCCAACCAAGUCGAAACUCGUCUUCCACUCUGUUGAGCUCAAGAGUAUGUAUUUAUGGAACUCAUUGAUUAAUGGGUAUGUGAGAAAUUGUGUUUAUAGUAAAGCUUUUGAGCUGUUCGAAGAAAUGUGUAACUGUAAUGUAUUGCCGGAUGAUUAUACCUUAGCGACCAUAGCCAAAGUUUCCGGCGAGGUUCAGGACUUGGUUGCCGGGAAAUCUGUUCAUGGGAAGAGUAUAAGAGUGGGGUUUGUUUUGGAUACUGUUGUUGCCAAUUCUCUGAUGUCUAUGUAUUGUAAAUGUGGGAAUUUUAGUGAAUGUAGGAAAGUAUUCGAGGAAAUGCCUCAGAGAAACGUGGGGUCUUGGAAUGCGAUAAUAGCAGGAUAUGCAAGUUCCUUGGAUCAUGGUUCUGAUAAGGAAAUUUGGGAAAUUGCUAAAUGCAUGCUGAUGAAUGGGGUGAAACCUGACGGGUUUAGUGUUUCAAGUCUUUUGCGUUUGUGUGGAGGUGAUGAUAUUGAGAAAUGGGAUUAUGGUAGCGAACUUCACUGUUAUAUUAUUAAGUAUGAAUUGGAUUUAAAGUGGGGUUCAGAUGUUCAUCUCGGGUGUUGUUUGAUUGAUAUGUAUUCUAGGAGUUAUAGAGUUGAUUUGGGUAGACGGGUAUUUGACCGCAUGAAGUGUAGAAAUGUAUAUGCUUGGACUGCCAUGAUCAAUGGUUAUGUGCAGAGUGGAGCUCCCGAUGAAGCAUUGGUUCUUUUGCAAAAGAUGCAGGUCGAAGAUGGAAUACAACCCAAUAGAGUAUCCCUAGUAAGUGUCCUUCCUGCUUGUAGUUCACAUGCUGGUUUAAUGCGUGGGAAACAAAUUCAUGGGUUUGCUAUCAGGAAGGAAAUGAAUCAUGAUGUAUCGUUAUGUAAUGCUUUGAUCGAUAUGUACUCGAAAUGUGGGAGCUUGGAUAUUGCAAGGCGAGUCUUUGAGGAUGAUUCUUUUUGUAAGGAUGCAAUCUCUUGGAGUUCAAUGAUUUCAGGAUAUGGUUUACAUGGAAGAGGUGGGGAAGCCAUUGUUUUAUAUAGUAAGAUGCUUCACCUUGGAAUCAAACCAGACACAAUAACUAUAGUUGUGAUCCUUUCCGCUUGUGGCAGGUCAGGACUGGUAAACGAAGGCCUUUCCAUCUAUAGCUCUUUAUCAACUGAUUUUGGAAUUAAACCAACAGUGGAGAUCUGUGCUUGUGUGGUGGAUUUGUUAGGCCGAUCAGGAGACCUCGAUGGAGCAUUAAAUUUCAUCAAAAUGAUGCCUGUAGAACCUGGUCCAAGUGUUUGGGGGUCUUUAGUUUCUGCUUGUUUGUUGCAUGGGAAUCGUGACAUGCAAGAUCUAGCUUACAGGUUCCUUAUUCAACUAGAACCCAAAAACCCGUCAAAUUAUAUUUCGCUAUCGAACUUCUAUGCUUCUUCUCGGAGGUGGGACGUUGUAGCUGAAAUGAGAAGAAUGAUGAAAGAAAGAGGUUUGAAGAAGGCACCUGGGUGCAGCUGGAUAAGCAUUAAUUCCAAGACUCAUUGUUUCUAUGUUGCUGAUAAAGCACAUCCUUGUUCUAAUUCGAUCUAUCAGAUGCUUGGCUACCUUAUCUUAGUGAUGAAGGGAGCCAGCUAUUCUGAUGAUUUUGAACAUCCAGCAUAGAUUCUUUUUAUAUUGGUUGAUACUUUGCAGACCUUACUACAGUUAGGGACAGGAUUCGUACUACAAGUACCAUUU